AUGGCUGCUGCUUGUGGAAGUUUACAACAUAUAGUUGAAAAGCCAUUACAUGAAAAUCCAUCAUUCAUUGAAUCCAUUUCCUCUUCAUGGAAUCAGUCUAAAUCUUUGAAACCUAUAGAUGACUCUUCCUUUACAGAGAUUUUUGGUGAAUUACAUUUCAAAGAAAACAACUCUGUUACCUUGUCCUCGUCCUCGUCCUCGUCUUUGUCUGUUGGUUCAUCUUCAUCUUCUUUUUCUUCUUGUCUACCUUUGUCAUCUGAAUCAUCGUCGUUUUCUUCUACUUCUUCGUCGUUUUUCCUUGAUGCAAUUCAUCAAUCUGAAAUUGAAGGGCUUGAUAAUAAUAAUAAGGACAAGUAUGAAAGAAAUAACAAGAGUCCUGUUUCAAGUUACUCUCAAAUUACAAACAAUAUUAGCAACAAGAAUAAUAAACAGGACAAGCAUAGUGAUAGCUUGUCAUCAAGAACAUCGGAUAGCUUAUCGAUGUGCACAGAAGGACUUGGAUUCGAGAGCUCUGAUGAUGAAUUCUUGCAUGCAUGCAGAGAAGACGGACGAUUGAUGAUGCAUGUUAUUCAAUCCGAUGAUGAGAUUGUAGACGAAGACGAAGACGAAGAUGAAGACGAAGACGAUGAUGGUGAUAAUGAUGAUGAAAAUAAUGUUGAAGGAGGACAUGAUAAUAAGCAUGAUGCAAAGCAUGUAUAG